GCGGCCUCCGCAGCAGUCUUCCUCAUCCUAGAAGGAGUCAGUCAGCGAGCGGUGGGACCAGAAACGAAUUACCCAUCAUUUCAGCUACUGGAGACCGAAUUAAACUACGUUUUUGCACUUUGAAUUCGAAGUAAACAUUAAUAGUGCUUUCACACUGUGGAUGGAUCAUGGAGUGUGUUCCUGCUGUUCUAGAUGAGUUGGAUGGUAAAAAGGAGGUGCACAUAGAGGAUCCUGAGUAUAAUGUCUAUACACGCUUCAUGAAAUCCCACCGCUGCUAUGAUCUGGUGCCCACUAGCUCGAAGUUAGUGGUGUUUGACACUUCUCUACAGGUGAAGAAGGCAUUCUUUGCCCUAGUGUCUAAUGGGGUGAGAGCAGCGCCUCUCUGGGACAGCAAGAAGCAAUGCUUUGUUGGUAUGCUGACCAUCACAGAUUUCAUCAAUAUACUUCAUCGCUAUUACAAGUCUCCUCUGGUCCAGAUAUAUGAGUUAGAAGAACACAAAAUAGAAACAUGGAGAGAGGUCUACUUACAAGACUCCUUCAAACCUCUCGUUAGCAUAUCGCCCAAUGCCAGCCUAUAUGAUGCAGUUUCAUCUCUACUGAAGCAUAAAAUCCACAGGUUACCCGUCAUUGAUCCUCUAACAGGAAACACACUCUACAUCCUGACACACAAGAGGAUCCUCAAAUUCCUGAAACUCUUUAUAUCUGAGAUGCCCAAACCUGCGUUUCUGUCUCAGACGCUGGAGGAGUUGAACAUCGGAACGUUUGACAACAUCGCAGUGGUUCACGCCGAUACGCCGCUCUAUGCCGCACUCGGCAUCUUCGUGGAUCAGAGAGUGUCCGCCCUUCCUGUGGUGGAUGAAAAUGGACGUGUGGUCGACAUUUACUCCAAGUUUGAUGUUAUAAAUCUGGCAGCUGAGAAGACGUACAAUAACCUGGACAUCACUGUGACUAAAGCCCUCCAGCAUCGCUCGCAGUAUUUUGAGGGUGUGCUCACCUGCCGAGCCAAUGAGACGCUACAGGCCAUUAUCAACCGACUGGUGGAGGCUGAGGUUCACAGGUUAGUGAUUGUGGAUGAGCAGGAGGUUGUGAAAGGCAUCGUGUCUCUGUCUGAUAUCUUACAGGCGCUGGUGCUCACCAAUGGUGAUGACGGAAGUGCUUGAUGGAAGUAAAGACAACAGGACAUCUCUGUAUUCCCUCAUCUCUCAAUAAGUCGGAAGACGUUUCAGAAAAAGGAUUGAUAGAGAUGUCAAUGACACAACCAUCCCAAACACAGGAGCUAAUAAAGCACAGCCGAAUGAUCAGAGUGAAGAAAGAGAUGCUCAGAAAAGACAUUGACUCUUUUAAUAGAACAGACACUUUCUGUACCACUUCAGGGAGUCAACAAGGAAAUUGCAUAAUUUUAAUUGGACAGAAUUCAAAUGAUUUUAUUAAUGUCACUCAGUGCACUGUUUUUGCUGACGUGACAUCUAUCUUUCAUAUUAACACCCUCACUGAAGGAAAACAGAUGGAAAUGCAGAUGAGAUUUUUGUGCAGGUGUUGAAGUGUCAGUGGAGAAGAAACAGAGUACGUGAAUUCAUGCUGACAGACUGAAACAUUCCGUUAUUGAUCUGGACGUGGUUUUGCAGGGUAACGUAGCGUGUUUAUCUAUCAUGUGGGCAUUUGAUAUUGCAGGGUUUCGGACUGUUUCCACACUACACAGUCACUCCGGCAGUAUUCAGAGGAAGUUUCAUUGGUUUAUUCGGAUCCAGUUUCUUUGAACGUCAAACCAGUUCAGCACUACGAGCCAUUUUAACUUCCUCUAUAAUGUGAACAUGGAGUGACUUGCUAAAUGUUUUGAUAUUAACAAUUGAAUAUUUAUAGCAUCGGAAAAAACAAUUACAGCUCCAAAAUAUUAUCAUCAUGUAUUUUUUUUAGUAUAUUAUCACAGAUCAUUUUUAGUUUAUCUUAUUUUCCCUGUUGAUUGGGCCUGCACAGACAGUUUUUAUGCCUGAUGCAGACAUGUUUUACUUCUAGUUGCUCUUAACAUGUUGCUACUGAUUUUAUUUUGCUUCAGUUGUUUUAGCCCCGUGAUCUCAAUGAAUUUGAUCAGUGUUUUGACAUGUGAAGAGGAAGCGCAGCAUGUUUUUAUAGAUAUAACAUCAGACAGCCACUGUUCUCCUGUCAGCUCUGUGUUGUGGGUAAAUUAUCAUGUCAUUUCAGUUGGAUGUGCUUCCACAGUUAGCUGUUUGAUAUAAUUUGACAAAUGUACCGUAGGGUCCAUUAGUGAAUUUCAUACAUUUUUAUAAUCCAUUAUGAGAAACAUCAGAUCAGCUCUGAGCAACUCGCACUUUUCUUGUUUUUAGUGUAGCUUGUUUUGCUAUGAGAAAGAUCAUUCCAUCAUUUUAUUGUAAUAUAUAUUUGCUGGUAUUUUUCUCUCUGUAAUCAUUUUUAUGCCACACAUGAUGGACCUGUAAAUGCACCUGAACUGUUUUCUAAUUCUCUCAUGUCAAAGAUGUUUUAUUCAUGGCACACGCAAAAUAAAAUUUAUUCAGUUUAUCAGUUUGUAUGUUGGAGGUAAACAGAACUUUUGUGGAAACGAUACUUUAUUCCCCAAAAUUCUAAAUUCAAAAAUAGCACUAUUUUCAAAUAGAAUUGUUUUUAACUGACACUCUUGAUCAGUUGUAUCCUUAGCUGAAUAAAAGUGUGAAUUUA